UGCCUCCUCCGCAGCUCCACACUUGCUGCACUUGUAACGCAGUUGUAUGUGCGGUAAUGAGUCUCUCCUGAACUGAUAACUGCUGUGAUGAGAUCCUCUGUCCUCGGAUCACUCUGUGCGCUUGUCUUGCUGUUGCGGCAGCCUGCAUGCCGGGGUGAUGAGGUGACCACCAGCACAGUGAACCCUUGCUGUCACUUCCCCUGUCAGCACUGGGGAGUUUGUGUAAGGUAUGGCUUAGACAAAUACGAAUGUGACUGCACUCGCACCGGCUACUACGGGGAAAACUGCACCAUCCCGGAGUUUUGGUCAAGAGUGCGCCAGUUCCUGAAGCCCAGCCCAGAUGUGAUCCAUUACAUCCUGACCCAUUUCCACUGGCUCUGGGACAUCAUCAACUCCACCUUCCUGCGGGAUGCUCUGAUGCGGACAGUCCUGACAGUCCGAUCCAACUUAAUACCCAGCCCUCCCACCUACAACUCCAAGUACGGCUACCUGAACUGGGAGUCCUACUACAAUGUGAGCUACUACACCCGGAUCCUGCCCCCUGUGCCAGAGGACUGCCCCACCCCUGUGGGGGCCAAAGGCAAAGCCGAGCUGCCUGACCCUGAGCUGCUGGUGGAGAGGCUGUUGCUGAGAAGGACUUUCAGACCAGACCCGCAGGGAAGCAACCUCAUGUUCGCCUUCUUCGCACAGCACUUCACUCACCAGUUCUUCAAGACCUACAAUCGCAUGGGCCUCGGCUUCACCAAGGCUCUCUCACAUGGGGUGGAUGCAGGGCACAUUUACGGAGACAACCUCGAUCGUCAGCUCCAACUUAGACUUCACAAAGAUGGGAAACUAAAGUAUCAGAUAAUUAACGGAGACAUGUACCCUCCUACUGUAGCUGAUGCGCCCAUUAGGAUGAACUACCGUCCCGGGGUCCCUCCAGAGAGCCAGCUGGCCAUUGGUCAGGAGGUGUAUGGCCUCCUGCCCGGUUUGGGAAUGUACGCCACACUGUGGCUGCGGGAACAUAACCGUGUGUGUGACAUCCUGAAGGCCGAGCAUCCCACCUGGGAUGAUGAGCAGCUUUUCCAGACCACACGCCUCAUCAUCAUCGGUGAGACCAUACGUAUAGUGAUAGAGGAGUAUGUGCAGCACCUCAGUGGUUACCUGCUGGAUUUGAAGUUUGACCCGACCCUCUUGUUUAACUCGGCUUUCCAAUACGGGAACCGCAUUGCUCUGGAGUUCAGCCACCUGUACCACUGGCACCCCUUGAUGCCUGACAGCUUCCUCAUCGACGGAGACGAGCUCGCCUACCCACAGUUCAUCUUCAACACGUCUGUCCUCACACACUACGGUGUCGAAAAGCUGGUGGACGCCUUUUCACGACAGGUUGCCGGCCAGAUAGGCGGGGGCCGCAACAUAAACGCUGUGGUGACCAAAGUGGCCGUGGGGGCCAUAAAGGAGUCCCGGCAGCUUCGCGUGCAGCCCUUCAACGAGUACAGGAAGCGCUUUAACCUCGUGCCCUACACAUCCUUCAGGCAGUUCACAGGUGAGGAGGAGCUAUCCCGCGAGCUUGAGGAGCUCUACGGCGAUAUCGACGCACUCGAAUUUUAUCCCGGCCUGCUCCUGGAAAAAACGAGGCCUGGGAACAUAUUUGGAGAGAGCAUGGUCGAGAUGGGCGCCCCCUUCUCCCUGAAAGGCCUGCUAGGCAACCCCAUAUGCUCUCCAGAGUACUGGAAGCCCAGCACCUUUGGAGGCCAAGUCGGCUUUGACAUAGUGAACUCGGCCACGCUAAAGAAGCUGGUGUGUCUGAACGCCAGGACGUGCCCUUAUGUGGCUUUCAGAGUACCAGCAGAGGAACAACCACAGGCAGGGAAAGAUAAGCCUGCAGGAAGGAAUGAGGAGCUAACCGUCGCCAUGACCACACUGGAUGACAAGAUUCUUGGUGAGAAGCUGCAGUACUACUACAGCAGCAGUGAGGAUGAAGGCAGCGAAAAUGAGGAUGAGGAUGGGGAGAACAAGACCAUCCGCAAUCCCGACAUCUUGGAGGCUGAGCUAGACUACAGCCCUGAUGGAAGUGCUGUCAACACAGGACCAAAAGGUGUGAUCAAUGACUGGAGGAAGUACAAGCAGCUGGAGGUGGAGCAGAGGCAGGAACAGAAGAAAGAGAUGGAGAGGCUGAUCAAGAAGCUGUCCAUGACCUGCCGCUCUGAUCUGGACCUGGAAAAAGACAAGGAGAAAGAGAAAGAGCUGCAGGAAAAGAUCCAAGGCAAAAUGACGCUACAGGAGUACAACAUGCUCCAGGAGGAGGAGGAUGAUGAAGACUUCCUACAGCACUAUCGCAUGCAGCGCAUCGAAGAGAUGCGGCGCCAGCUGUGCCGCGGCAAGCGCUUUGAGCAGGUCUAUGAGCUGACCAGCGGAGAGGAAUUCCUGGAGGCCCUGGACAAGGAGGAGAAAAGCACCCUUGUCAUAAUCCACAUCUACGAGCCGGAUGUCCCGGGUUGCGAGGCCAUGAGUGGCAGCCUUCUGUGUCUGGCUCAGGAAUAUCCACUGGUCAAGUUCUGCAGCGUACGCAGCUCCGCCAUCAGCACCAGCGCACUGUUCAGAGGCAGCGCCCUGCCAGCCCUGCUGGUUUACAAAGGAGGGGACCUCAUCGGCAACUUUGUGCGAGUCACAGACCAGCUUGGGGAAGACUUCUUUGCUGUCGAUCUGGAGGCCCUGCUGCAGGAGUACGGCCUGCUGCCAGACAAGCCCGUCCUCAUCCCCAAGACCGUUCGCAACGGAGCCAUCCUGCAGCACACUCAGAGUGAUGAGGACUCUGAUCUCGAUAUAGACUAGAGCCGCCAUGUGUAAGACACGGCACAGGAACCACACACACAGUCUGCAUGGACUAUAGACCCUUUAUAUGUAUGGAGACCCCCAUAGUGAUGACUGAGCCAGAUUUGGGCCGUGCAUGUUGCUACUCACACAGCACCACACAACCAACUAUGAAACACACCCAGAGGCAAAUGCACACACAAAACAUGACGCACACAUCCCAGAGGGCAUUCAUCAUGACAUUAUCAUUCCAUAGCAAAUGAGUUAUAUUUAAUAAGAGUAAAGUUCAGCUCUUAUCCAUUACCUGUUGUCAAACACAGUGAUGGUUAUGCAGGUGGUAGAUUUAAUGUUUGUUUGAGUGUUAUCUAUUUAUUCUAUGCUAAAACGUCAUUUAUUUUCUUCCUUUCUUUUUCGUGUCCAUGUCAUGUCUCAUGUGCAUGUCCAUGGUUGUAAUUGUGUUCUACUCUGUAGAGGAUAAAACCUCCAGCCAAAACUGACUUUGCUGGUUUUAUAACUUUUAUAUGUGUUGGACCAUUUCAAAUCUGUCGAGGUAAUAACACAGACAAUAAAUGAGGUGUUUUCAUUCA